AGUAGCAGACAUGAUGUUUCAGCUGAACAACCUCUGGACGCUGCCUCUGCAAAUCCUCCUCGCGCUGCUGCUGCUGCACGCCACUGUGGGCCCCGCAGGCACGCUGGCAGGCGUGGCGACCAUGGUGCUGAUGAUGUGGGCUCAGCUGCUGGUGGCGGGGCAGGCCAGGGAGUGCCAGAAGGAGCGAACCGCCUGGCAGGACUUGAGACUCAAGGCCACCACAGAGGCACUCAACAACAUGAAGGAGCGGGAGGAAGCAGAGAGGGAGAACAAGGAGGUGGGGACAUGGGAGUGCCUGCCUGCAGGGGAAGAAGUAGGGCACACAACGGGAGAUGCGAUGAGUCCGGAAGGAAAAGAGGCCGUGAAGACAGUAAGGUGGAGUAAGCGAGGAAUAUGGGAAGCUGAGGCGAUGCAGCCAGCAACACAGGUGCUGCCAGGACCAGCGGGAAUGAAAGGGGCUGAGAACUGGGUGGCAUGGGAGGGAGCCAAGGCAGUAGAAUACCUGGACGAGGAGAAAACAGCAGCGGCGGAGGUUAUAAAGCUGCACGCGUGGGAGGGGCGGUUCUUGGAACAGAUAAAGGAUUAUCGGGCGAAGGAGGUCGCAUGCCUGCAUGCUGAGGUUCCUUUAUCGAACCUCACCCCCCACACCCCCUUUCCCCCACUCCUCUCCCCCUUUCCGCCCUGCCACCCCCCGCAGUUGAUAAACCUGCAUGCGUGGGAGGGGUGGUUCCUGGAGCAGAUAGAGGACUAUCGGGCGGAGGAGGCGGCAUGGCUGAAUGUUGAGGUGAUAAAGCUGCACGCGUGGGAGGGGCGGUUCUUGGAGCAGAUAGAGGACUAUCGGGCGGAGGAGGCGGCAUGGCUGGCGCGCUACAACUACCUCAUGGCGGCCAACAUCGUCUUCCUCUGGAUGUCGCCUCUCCUCGUCGCCUCCGCCACCUUCGCUGCCUGCGUGGCCUUCGAGGAGCCUCUUUCCGCUGCCUCCAUUUUCACUGCCAUUGCCACCUUCCGGAUCCUCCAGGAGCCCCUCCGCUCGUUCCCAGAUGUUCUCUCCUCCAUCUCUCAAGCACUCGUGUCUCUUGACCGCCUCGCCAGGUACCAGUCAGCGCAGGAGAUCGAGGUGACAGCAGUCUCAUGGCUCUCCCCGGAAGACACAGAGGACGCAGUUUUCGUCGACGGGGGCACCUUCACAUGGGACCUGCCGCCUCCGCACCUGCAGCACAUGCACCGCCCCACACUGCGGGGCAUUGGCAUGCAGAUUGUGUCCCUUGGGAAGGGGGGCAUCGGCAUGCAGAUCGGCAGGGGGGCGAGAGUGGCUAUCUGUGGGCCGGUGGGGUCGGGCAAGUCGAGCCUGCUGAGCUGCAUCCUGGGGGAGAUGCACAAGCUGUCCGGCAUUGUGCAAGUGGCGGGCACCAUAGCACACGUGCCGCAGACCCCCUGGAUUCAGAACGGCACCAUCCGGGACGUCACCUUCGGCCUGAAGAUGAACCUCCAAGCAACUCAAAAGUCUCCCUCUCACUCUCUCACACCUUCACUCCUUCACCCCCUCACUCCCUCACUCAUUCAAUUUCUCAACCCCUCACUCCCUCCCGGCCUCUUUCCGGCAGUGCUGCCACGUGGCGACGAGACGGAGAUCGGGGAGCGGGGGAUCAACCUAUCGGGCGGGCAGAAGCAGCGCAUACAGGUGGCGAGGGCCGUGUACCACGACGCUGACAUCUAUCUGCUCGACGACCCCUUCUCCAGUGUUGACACUGCAACCGGCUCCUUGAUAUUUGAUGUGAGUGAGUUCUCACAGUCUUCCAUCAUCUCAUCUCAUACAGUCCAUUACAGUGUAUUACAGUUAAGCUGGUUCAUGAUCUUUGAUGUGAGCUGGUUCAUGAUCUUUGAUGUGAGCUGGUUCAUGAUCUUUGAUGUGAGCUGGUUCAUGAUCUUUGAUGUGAGCUGGUUCAUGAUCUUUGAUGUGAGCUGGUUCAUGAUCUUUGAUGUGAGCUGGUUCAUGAUCUUUGAUGUGAGCUGGUUCAUGAUCUUUGAUGUGAGCUGGUUCAUGAUCUUUGAUGUGAGCUGGUUCAUGAUCUUUGAUGUGAGCUGGUUCAUGAUCUUUGAUGUGAGCUGGUUCAUGAUCUUUGAUGUGAGCUGGUUCAUGAUCUUUGAUGUGAGCUGGUUCAUGAUCUUUGAUGUGAGCUGGUUCAUGAUCUUUGAUGUGAGCUGGUUCAUGAUCUUUGAUGUGAGCUGCUCGGUGCCAUCAAUGCAUGCUUGGGGCUCGUCUGUGUGCCUUGAUGGCACCGAGCGUGUCCACUGCCUCCACCACCAGGAGCGGUCCACUGCCUCCACCACCAGGAGCGGUCCACUGCCUCCACCACCAGGAGCGGUCCACUGCCUCCACCACCAGGAGCGGUCCACUGCCUCCACCACCAGGAGCGGUCCACUGCCUCCACCACCAGGAGCGGUCCACUGCCUCCACCACCAGGAGCGGUCCACUGCCUCCACCACCAGGAGCGGUCCACUGCCUCCACCACCAGGAGCGGUCCACUGCCUCCACCACCAGGAGCGGUCCACUGCCUCCACCACCAGGAGCGGUCCACUGCCUCCACCACCAGGAGCGGUCCACUGCCUCCACCACCAGGAGCGGUCCACUGCCUCCACCACCAGGAGCGGUCCACUGCCUCCACCACCAGGAGCGGUCCACUGCCUCCACCACCAGGAGCGGUCCACUGCCUCCACCACCAGGAGCGGUCCACUGCCUCCACCACCAGGAGCGGUCCACUGCCUCCACCACCAGGAGCGGUCCACUGCCUCCACCACCAGGAGCGGUCCACUGCCUCCACCACCAGGAGCGGUCCACUGCCUCCACCACCAGGAGCGGUCCACUGCCUCCACCACCAGGAGCGGUCCACUGCCUCCACCACCAGGAGCGGUCCACUGCCUCCACCACCAGGAGCGGUCCACUGCCUCCACCACCAGGAACGGUCCACUGCCUCCACCACCAGGAACGGUCCACUGCCUCCACCACCAGGAGCGUGUGCCAGUCCUGGAGUGUGUGUUGGGUCUGCUGGGGGCAAAGACGGUUCUCUUCGUGACUAAUCAGCUUGAGUUCCUGCCCGCUGCUGACCUCAUCCUGGUGAUGCGCGAUGGGGAGAUAGUGCAGGCAGGGCAGUACGAGGAGCUACUGCGGGCGGGCACAGGCUUCUCCCUCCUGCUCGACUCUUGCAUACUCCCGAACCCUCGCCCUCUCCCCGCUACCUCCCCCAACCCCCACCAGGUGAUGCGGGACGGGGAGAUAGUCCAGGCGGGGCAGUAUGAGGAGCUGCAGCGGGCCGGCACAGACUUCUCCCUCCUGCUGGACGCCCACAACAACGCCAUGGGCUCCAUGGACCUCCCCCCUUCCAACCCUUUCCAACCCUCCCAUACCUCCCACCACCACCUGCAACCGCAACGCGCCCCUUCCCUUGGGAACAUCCUGGCUGCCAACGGUGACGUGUUCUCGCGGUUUGACAUGGACGAUCAAGAGCUGGCAACACUGCUGCUGGGUCCCCAGGCCGGGCCUGACGGGCUCGGGCUAGUCUCGGGCGGAGGCUCGGGAGGGAUGGGAGGCCCAGGGAUGGGUGCGGGAGAUGGUUUGGGUGGUAGGGCGAGUGGGGUUGCUGCGGAUGGGUCGCUGGUGGGGGUGGUGGGUGGGGCGGGAGGGGUGGUGGUGGGACCGAUGGCAGCGGUGGCAGCGGCGGUGGCGAGUGGAGCGGAGGACCGGCAGUUUGGGCGGGUGAAUGCGGAGGUGUACCGGGCGUAUCUCACGCGGGCGUAUGGUGGAUCCAUGGUUCCCAUCAUUGUGGCUUCGCAGUUUGGGCGGGUGAAUGCGGAGGUGUAUCGGGCUUAUCUUACACGGGCGUAUGGCGGAUCCAUGGUGCCCAUCAUUGUUGCUUCGCAGGUAGGUAGGAGUCAGGGAGUGCUCGCAGGGAGAAGAGGAGAGGCAGCAGGAGUUAACUCAAGUGGGCCCACAGGGGUGACUGGGGAGCAGGGGGCAGGGCAGGUGCUUCAGAUGGGCGCCAACUGGUGGCUAGCUCGGGAAGUCCAACCCCUGCAUCCAGCAGUGCUCACCUGGCCGGACGUCCGUGCCUACGCCUCGCUCGGCAUCGGCAGCGGCCCCUUCGUUGUCCUCCGCGCCUUCCCGUUUGCGUAUGCAGCACUGUCAUCUCCUUUCAUUCCUCCCUCCCUCCCCUCUCUUCCUCCCCCUCCUCCCCCCUCCCCCAAUUCCCCCCCCCUGCCUCCCACCUACCCCUCUCAGGUGCUUUUCCAGGUGCUUCAGAUAGGCGCCAACUGGUGGCUAGCCCGAGAGGUCCAACCCCUGCAUCCAGCAGUGCUCACCUGGCCGGACGUCCGUGCCUACGCCUCUCUCGCCAUUGGCAGCGGCCUCUUCGUCGUCCUCCGUGCCUUCCUGUCGGUCCAUGUGGGGCUGAGAACGGCUGAUGGGUUCUUUCAGGACAUGCUGCACGCUGUGUUCCACGCCCCCAUGGCCUUCUUUGACUCCACCCCCACGGGAAGAACCCUUGCUAGGGCAUCAGCGGAUCAGAACGCCCUCGACUUGCAGCUCUUCUUCAACUUUGGCUCCGUGCUCAACAACCUCGUGCAGCUUCUGGGAAUCUUCCUCGUCACCUCUGCCGUCACGUGGCCGGUCAUCGUCGUCCUCAUCCCCCUCGCGCUGCUCUAUGUGCCUCUGCAGCGCUACUACCUCUCCUCAUCACGAGAGCUCACUCGAAUCGACGGCCUGACCAAGUCGCCCAUCCUCGCGCAUUUCUCCGAGACGCUCGCCGGGGCGGCGGUGAUCCGUGCGUUCGCCCAGGAGGAGCGGUUUGAGAUAGAAAAUGCGGAUGCGGUGGACAACAACAUGCGCGCCUACUUCCACUACUAUGGCGCCAUCUAUUGGCUGGGGCUGCGAUUGGAGACGAUUUCAGCUGUUGUCCUUGCCUUCGUUGCAUUCCUGCUGGUGCUCGUGCCUCAAGGCACCAUUGAACCAGGCCUAGCAGGCGUCUCUCUGGCCUACGGUCUAACCCUCAACAUGGCGCUAGUCAUGACAAUGUGGCAUCUCUCCAACCUUGAGAACAAGCUGGUGGCAGUGGACCGCAUCCGCCAUUUCUCCGCCAUCCCCUCUGAGGCGCCCUUGAUUGUCGAAGGCAACCGGCCCUCUGCUGACUGGCCCAACCGCGGCUCCAUCAGCUUUGAGAACCUGCAGAUGCGUUACAGAGAAGCAAUGCCGCUCGUCCUAAAGGGUGUGACAGUGACAUUCAGAGGCGGGGAGAAGGUGGGAGUGGUCGGCCGCACGGGCAGCGGCAAAUCCACCCUCGUCGUCGCUCUCUUCCGAUUGGUCGAGCCGGUGGGCGGCCGAGUCAUGAUCGACGGCGUGGACAUCUCGACCAUCGGAUUGCAAGAUCUACGGUCCAGAUUGGCCAUCAUCCCACAGGAUCCGACCCUGUUCGAAGGCACGGUUCGGUCGAACCUGGACCCUCUGGGUCGGUACCAUUCCAGUUUGCUCUGGGAGGUGCUCGAGAAGUGCCAGCUGGCAGAGGCGGUAAUGGACAAAGAGGACAAGCUGGACGCCAUUGUGGUGGAGGGUGGAGAGAACUGGAGUGUGGGGCAGAGGCAGCUCUUCUGCCUCGCCAGAGCUCUGCUCAAGCGCUCGCGAAUCCUGGUGCUGGAUGAAGCAACUGCGUCCGUUGAUUCGGCCACCGACGCCAUCAUCCAACGGACCAUAAAGGAGAACUUCGCCCGGGCGACGGUGAUCACUGUAGCGCACCGCAUCCCCUCUGUGAUCGACUCCGAUAAAGUGCUCGUGCUGGAAGCAGACUGUCUCUACUUGUCAUCUCCUCUAUUCACUCACCUCUCCCCACUCCUCUCCCUUUGUCUGUCACUCUCCCUCCUGGCGUAUCGUUUUAUUGCCCUCUUUCCUCUCCGCUUCCACUGUCUGCUGGAGGAGGCGGGUGGGAGGGGAAAGGGGAGGAGGGGGAGGCCUAAGGGGAGUGGGGAACGGGGAACAGGAGGGGAGGGAGGGGGAAAGGGGACAGUCAAGGGGAAGCAGCUAAGGUUACUGCUGGAGGAGGUAGGGGGUGAGGGAUUGGUGGGGGAAGGUGGGGAGGAGGAGAUAGGGGCAGAUGGCAGUGUGGGAAAGAGAAACCCAGAUCUAGAAUUGCGCACAGUUGGUGAAGGUUCUAUACAGAGUGACUCUAACGGUAGCAGUAACAAUGCUGUGAGUGAAGUGGUUGUGGUGAAAAGAACGCGGGGCAGAAGAAAGACGGCUGAGCUGACCGAAAAAAAGGAGGAGGGGGAGAUGGAAGGGGCGAAAGGGGGUGAGAACCUUGUGGCGGAAGCAAGGGAGGAGGGGAGAGAAGCAGACAGCAGGAUGCAAACAGAAUCGCCUGAUUCAGUCCUUCCCACAACAACUGGUGGUGGUAAUGAUUCGAUGCUGAGUGACUCUAACCAGAGUGAAAUUGAUGGAAGUGAAAGUCUGGUUAAAGUGGUGGUGGUGAGGAGAACGCGGGGCAGAAGAAAGUCUGCUGAGCUGACCGAAAAGAGAGAGGAGGUGGGGAUGGAGGGGGGGGGAGAGGGAGAGGGGAAAAAGAAGACGGGGAGGGGGAGGCGGAAAAGCAAGGAAGAGAGAGUGAAUGAUAAAGAGGAGAAGGGAGAUGUCGAGGCAGGCGAUGACAUGCGGAUGGGUGUGAGGUCUGACAGUGCAGGUGCUGUGUGUGCUGAUGUGGGGGAACCUAUGAGUGUUGUGGGGAACCUUGUGUGUGUUGACAUGAGGAGGGAGGGACCCAGCCUAGAUGGGGGAAGUAACCACGACCCCCCAAGUGUGCACGGUGACACCUCUCUCUUGACUUUAGAGCCGCCUCAAAAGUCCCCAACAGUGGACGGUGGCGACUCUCUCUUGAAAUUCCUCCUAAACCUUGCGCUAGAAGCGGUGGGCGGCAGCGACACGGAGGGCGAGAGAGGGUCACACGUACCGGCACCAACCGCACUGGACCCCAUGGAAUUGCGCAAGAGAGCGUGGCACGCUGAUAUAUCCCAGAGGCAUCCCAAGGGGGCUGUCAUUUUGGGCGUGGACCCUGACGUGCUGGGGGCCGUGGCUGUGCUUUUUGUUAGGCCCCGGAGGAAACAAGAGGUGGAAAGUUGUGCUGUUAGUGUUGUCAACACCAGGAGCGGACAGGAGGAGCAAGGGGAUGGUGUUGAGAAGGUGCUGCAUGUUCGGUCUUGUUUUGAGGCAACUCAAAAUGCUACGGCAAGUGAAUGGGAGGAGAGGCUUACUGUUGCUGCUGCUGAAGCUGCGAGAGAGUGCGGAGGAGGAGGAAGUGGGAGAGGAGCAGUGGAAGAGGAAGGGGAGGGUGAGGAGGAUUGUGAGAGAGUGUGGGAGGUUGAGGGGGAGAUGGAGGGAUGGACACGGAUUCUGCCAGGAGCGGAUUCUGCCAACGGGUUGGAGGAAGGGAGAUCAACAGUGUAUGGGCAGAUCCAUGACGUGCCAUAUGAGCUCGUAUCCGUGGGUGCUUCCAAUCGCAAGAGGCACUGCGCCCAGGCCAUAGCGGCUCUCCUGCACCAGUUGCCACCUGCUCCAGUUCGCCUUGCCUAUGUGGAGCAGGCCAGGCCGUUCCCCUCUGAUGGCAAACAGGGUUGGUACGGCUGUGGCUUUGGCUUCGGGGUGUGGAUGGGCGUGUUGGCAGCAAGUGGGUUUGAGGUCACCGCGGUGACGUCUGUGCGCUGGAAGGCUGCCAUUCGCUCACAAGCAUCCCUCGCUUUCACCUCCAAGGAGGACAGCAGACAGUUGGCUCUCUCGCUUUUCCCCUCCCUGGCCACACAGCUGAAAAGGAAAAAGGACCAUGGCCGAGCAGAGGCCCUCCUGAUUGCUACAUAUGGCACAAACCUUUGGCCUUCCUCAGGUGAAAAGUCGAAGAAGACAAGGAGUAGAGCCAAGGCAGCGACUGGGGAGGCUGUGAGAACUGGUGGUGAGGGCAUGGAGGAUGGAAUCAGCAGAAUAGAAUCGAAAGAGGACUCGGUGCCAUGGGGCAUGAGGCAGCAACAAGAUAAUCAUGAGUGGGUUGAUGGAGGGGGUCAGCUCUCACCUCUCGUGGAAGAAUUCGAGCUCAUCCGCAACAGAGGUAUGAGGCAGCAUUCCCCUCACUUCACCUCACAUUGCCUGACCUCUUCUACCCUCCCUUCUUCUGCCCUCCCCUCUAUCUACUUCCCUUACAUUGCCUCCCCUCUUCUACCCUCCCUUCUUCUGCCCUCCCCUCUACUUCCCUCACAUUGCCUCCCCUCUUCUACCCUCCCUUCGUCCGCCCUUCCCUCUACUUCCCUCACAUCGCCUCACCUCUUCUACCCUCCUCUUCUUCUGCCCUCCCCUUCUUCUGCCCUCCCCUCUACUUGCCUCGCAUCGCCUCACCACUUCAAACCUCCCUUCUUCUGCCCUCACCUCUAA